AUGCAGAAAUACGGGAUCCACUUUUUCUUGGUCUGCUUGCUCGCCUUCAUCUAUCAGUUUGCGCUCGGGAAUGCCGGUAGGGGCAUCAUCGACGGGACGACACUCCCACCUGACCCAAGGCGAAUAGUUUCACCAACAAGACGCCUGGCUUCCAAUGCCACCUUACCGGACCUCUACGAGGCGUCCAUAGCCGAGCUGCAGUCCGGACUGGAGCAAGGGCUCUUCACCAGCGUUGAUCUGGUCACUGCGUAUUUCGCACGGAUCAAUGAAGUGAAUCACCAAGGACCUAUGCUCAACGCCAUCAUCGAAAUGAACCCAAGUGCAUUAGCCCAAGCCGCAGCCCUCGAUGCUGAGAGAGCUAAUGGGACUAUUCGAACCCCACUGCACGGCAUUCCAAUUCUCUUGAAGGACAAUAUUGCGACCCAGGCUAGUGAUGGAUCAUUCGCUCUCCUUGGCUCAAUCGUUCCGCGCGACGCCACAGUGGCGGCCAAACUUCGAGCAGCAGGAGCAAUCCUUCUUGGGAAAGCCAAUCUCUCUGAAUGGGCAAACUUCCGCGGUAACGUCCCGAAUGGGUUUUCUGGACGAGGUGGCCAAACUUCCUGCGCCUACUUUCCCCUCUGCGACCCUUCGGGUUCUUCCUCUGGAAGCGGUGUUUCUACGUCUAUAGGACUCACGACCGCAGCACUCGGUAGUGAGACAGACGGUUCGAUUGUUAGUCCAAGUAGCAGGAAUAAUUUGGUAGGGAUCAAGCCCACAGUUGGUCUGACUUCGCGUGCAGGAGUCAUCCCUAUAUCCAUCAACCAAGACACCGUUGGCCCUAUGGCCCGCUCCGUCACCGACGCAGCCCAGAUCCUCAACAUCAUAGCCGGCCCCGAUCCCCUCGACAACUUCACCCUCGCCCAACCCACUCCUCUCCCCAAUUUCACUCUCGCACUUGAUCCUAAUGCUCUCAAGGGUGUGCGACUCGGCGUCCCGAGGCUCUUCACAGGAAACGACCAGAAUAUCAUCGCUGCGUUCAAUGCGAGUAUUAGGAUUAUCAGGGCUUUGGGCGCAGAGGUCGUGGACCCGGCGGAGUUCCCUGAUGCACAAGAGAUGUUGGACAGUAAUAAUGAGACCACUGUGUUGGAUGCAGAUUUCAAGGUCGACGUGAAGAACUACAUUGAUGGACUCUUGGAGGUCCCGACGAACGUCACUGAUCUCGCGGAUUUGAUCGCCUUCAAUUCUGCACAUGCAGCAGAAGAAUUGCCUGAGCCCUUCUGGACAGACCAGUCCGAGUUCAUCGCUUGUGAAAACACGACGAUGGACGCUGCCUACUUCGCCGCUCUUGACGCCGAUCACGACCUUGGCCGUACAAGAGGCAUCGACGCCACACUUCAAAUGUUUGGAUUAGAUGCCAUUCUUCUUCCUACAGACGGAUUUACCUCUGGGCCUGCUGCUAUCGCUGGAUAUCCUAUCGUUACCGUUCCCCUUGGCUUUCAACCCGCCAACGUGAAUGCGUCCGCUGCAGAUCCCGUCAUCGGUACGGCGCCAGGCCUUCCAUUCGGCCUCGCCUUCAUGGGCACCGCCUUCAGCGAGUUCCAGCUCAUUAGCUAUGCGUUCGCGUAUGAGCAGGCUACACAUACGAGGUUGGAGCGAUUGGCAUUCGAUGCGGCGAUUCCGAAAACGCAGUUGGCUGAUGUGAUUGGGGCGUGA